AUGACAGGGGCCGAGGGGCCUGACAUCAGCCUUCUUCCCGCCCGAUCGCAGUGGACCAACUACCCACGGUGGAGCUCCGGCCCCUCGGCCUGCCCCAGCCUCCCACCAUCCAGCCCCAGCAGCGUCCCCUGCCGCCUUCCCCUCUCUCCUGCCGCUCCGGUGCCCACAGGCCGAGCAAACCCCAUCGGGCCCUUUCCAAGAAGGGGAGCCCUGCCCUGGCAGCAUCGCGCCACCUCUCCUAAAGACAUGCCACCCCGCCUGAGGAUGGGCACAGAGCAGGACAAGAGAGAGAACCGGAGCGGCCUGCCCUCGGAGAAGACAAGCCACAGAGACGUAGGCGGCCUCGGCCUCCAUGAUGGCGAGGUGGUCACCAGGCCUCAGAGAGAAACACCGACCCCCCCCCUCCCCGGUCCCCCCAAGUCCCCAAGUCCAACUCCUUUCUUCCUGGUGCCACUGCCCAUCCGAGUCAGUGGCCUCACCAACCCCCUCCGAUCAAGACCCAUUACUGGGACAUGCUGGGGAGACCAGAUCGCUGGCCUUAGGGCAUCCCAGGGGCCCCUGGUCUCUGACAGCAUCCACUCUCAACCCUCAGGGCAUAGUGGAUCCAGUCCCAGGGCGCCCGAACUACUCCUCCGAAGCUCUCGGCGCGGCCACCCACGACGCUCCAAGCCGAGCCUCAGCCCCAGACCCGCCUCAGAGUCCCGGGACACUCAGGUCCUACCGAAUCCAGCGCUUCGGAUGGUCCCCGACCCCCUUACGGAACCCGCCGAGGGUCUCCAAGCCCAGCAGCGUUCAGGGCCUUCCGGACGCCCCAGCGCAAAACCACAGCAAGGGAGCACGAACCGAAGCGGCCACCCCGACCCCCUCCAGCCGCCCCCGACGGAACAGAGCGCGGCGCCGUCAGGCGAGCCGAGCGCGGCCCGCGCACCCCACGACUGCACGCCUUCCCAGAGCCGCAGCCGGCGCCCAGGCCCCCCGCGCUCCGGGCCGGCCUUAACCCUCGGCGCGCCGGGGCUAGGGCCGGUGGGCCGCGUGCGCACCCCCGAGGGCUGA